AUGCGCCGGAGCUUCAAGGUGAAGGGCGACGCCGCCCGCGUAGCGCUCGUGGAGUUUUUGGUCGACAAGCGCGUGCGGUUCCUAGAGUACCUGCGUGAGCUGCACCGAGACGAGGUGCUGUGGAUGGGCACCGUGCGGCUGACGCGGCAGGAUGUGGUGCGGAGCUUCCGCGGCGACGGCCGCGUAGAGCAGAGCUGCACAGAGUACCGCCUACCCUCAGGUGACCCAACCGAGGUUGGCGAGCCAUCACAUGCGGGAGAAGCAGGUGCUGCUGUAGCAGCAACAACAACAACAACANAGGUGACCCAACCGAGGUUGGCGAGCCAUCACAUGCGGGAGAAGCAGGUGCUGCUGUAG